AUGGAGAAAAAAGAGCUGUAGAGAAAACUUGGCCAAGCAAACUCAGAGGCUCAAGCAGUUGAUUAGCUCAAUGACAUUAUGGAUCAACUCAAGAUUGCUGAUGAUCAAGAAACUAAAAAGAUAUUUGAAAAUGGUAUAUUAUUCCCCUAUGAUUUCAUCAUAUAAAUAGAAUCGUCUCAAAGUUAAAAGUAAAUCAUUGUAUUUUAAGGCCUUUAAGAACUGAGGAGAAAAGUUCCAAUUUAACUACUCGCAGGACUUACAGUUAGCAAAGACAUUCAGUCGUAGGAAUUAGUCAUACACAUUUUAGGUUAACAUGAUUUACGUCUUAAAUCUGAUAGACGAACUGGAAUAAUGUCAGCAAUCAAGGUUUUCUAUUUGUCUCUUGUCAAGGAGAACAUUCCUAUUUACGGAGUUAGGUAAAAAUCAUUGGCUGAAUACACGACUAAAGAAAAGGAUGUUCAAAAAGGUAUAACACGAAUUCCACUGGAUUUGGCUAGGAUAUCAGAGGAAGAUCUUGUAAAUUUAGAUCAGUUUAGAACAGGCAGCAGUGGUUCAGGCUCGAACUGUGGAAGCUCUGAAAAAGACUCUAACUAUAGGCAUCAAUCAAUAGGUGUGCCUAAAGUUGAAAUAAUCACUGAUGAUUUUGAAAAUGACAUUAAUCAUAGAGGGAGGGCAUAUUAAGCAUCCAAAAAUUCUGUCCAAAUUUGCGAAGAUUCUGAUGAUAUGAUGGGAUCUACAUCUGAAAAGACUCAAUUCCUGUUUUGCAGAUCGUCAGAAUGUGAGAAAUACAAUUUGGAAGAUUUUUAAUUGAUCACAGUAAUUGGCCGAGACAAUGACUCGCUUGAAAACGUAAAGCUAGAAAAACUUAUUCUUCUCUAAGUAAAUAAUCCAUUCAUUGUCAGCAUGAUGUUUGUCUAUCAAAGAGCACUUCGAAUUUACUUCAUCAUGGAUUAUAUAAGAGGAGGGGAACUAUUCUAGUAUCUGCGGGAAGAAAGAAGAUUCUCAGAAUACAGAGUAAAGUUCUAUGCAGCCUAAAUCGCAAUCGCCUUAGGUUACUUGCAUAAGAGCAAGAUUUUGUAUAGAGAUCUUAAGCCUGAAAAUAUAUUAAUUGACGAGAAAGGAUAUAUUAGAUUAGCUGAUUUCGGAUUGGCUAAAAUCGCUCAAGAGUCAAACUCUUUCUGCGGCACUCCUGAGUAUCUUUCCCCGGAAAUGCUGCUUGGUACUGGACAUGAUCACACUCUCGAUUGGUGGGCUCUAGGAAUACUAAUAUACGAAAUGAUAAUUGGUAUUCCACCGUUUUACGAUAAAAAUCGUAAUAAGAUGUUUCUUAAUAUCGAGAAAGCCCCAAUUAGAUGGCCAGACAGAGCUAAGCAUGGUAUCAGUGUUUCCCCAGUGGCUUAGGAUCUGAUAGUAUAGUUACUGGACAGAGACAGGAAAACCAGAUUAGGUUAGGUGAAUGACGUAGAUGAAGUUUUAGCGCAUCCAUUCUUUAAAGAUAUUGAUCUCAAGAAGUUGCAAAUGAAAGAACUUAAAGCUCCUUUCAUUCCUUCUGUCCAUGAACUCGAGUCAUUAAGAAAAAAUAAAUCACUUGUAAGUUUCAAGGACCUCAAAGAAACAGUAAUUCCAACAUAGAAAAUAAGAUUAGUAGAGUAGAAAAAUGAUUAAUUUGAAGGUUUCGGAGAAAUAAAUGAAGCAGUAUCUAAAUGA